UAGUAAAUGGGCCUUGUUUAAGGCCCAUUAGUUAUCUAAUUCCAAAUCGGCGAAGUAUCUCCGAUUGUGGUCUCGCCGUCGAAAGGUCAAAAACACUCGAAAAGAUUUUUGUUCCGUGUUUUUGUCUGAAACUUACGGAGAAUGGAGGAGAUUCAGAGGACUGAGGUAACGAAGAAUCCAGAGAUUGAGGAUAUUAUCGAAUUAACUAAGCAAAGUGUAGAAGCAUGCGAUGAGCAACAGAAGCAGCAAGCUCAAGAAGAUGGUGAAGACGAAGACGAAUUGAGAAAACUGCUUCUUUCAGAUAUUGGAGAACUUCCCCUUAUUCCUCCUUCAGCUACACAAAUCAAUUUUGUUUCUUACUUCAUCACAGAUUUCACGAAAUCAGGUCAUGAUCAAUACAUUUACCGUCACGCAAAUGGUUUGUGUGUAAUUGGAUUGGCUCCUACGCAUAUAGCUUUUAAAGACGAAGGUGGGAUCACUAACGUCGAUUUCAAUGUUGGUAAGUCUGAUCGUAGCGUCUUGAAAGUCUCCGGCAAGCGUAAAAAGAAUGCGUUGCGCUCUGAAUCGAAUACGGCAUUAUGCAAAGUUUCCACUGCAAAAGAUUCCUACAUUGUGAGGUGCUGCGUUAAAGGCUCUCUCUUGGAGGUGAACGAGAGAUUAAUCACGCAACCUGAGCUUCUUAAUUCAUCGGCUGACCGAGAAGGGUAUAUUGCGAUAAUCAUGCCAAGACCUGCAGAUUGGACCAAAAACAAGGAAUCACUGAUAACGCUGGAGGAAUAUAAAGAAAAGAAAGAAAAAGUCUUUAUGAUACAGUCUGCCGAAACUUUGGAACCGUGUUUGCUCUGAAUGCUUAUGCUUAGGCUCUCAAGUCAGAUUAGGUGAAGAACUUUGAAGGAUUUUUUGCAGUCUUGUUGUUCCUACAAUAUUUAUAAAGUUGUUAUCUUGUGUUUUGUUUGCUGGCAAACAUCAUUUUGGGAAUGUUCUUCAUAAAAACUUUUUACCUUACCAAAAAAAUACGAUACUUCGUAAUUUCGUA